AUGGAAAGAAACACCAGUGGUGAUGGUGUUGAUGAAAUGAAUAAACAUUUGAAAAAAUUGAGUAUGAGCUCCGUGAGUGAAAAGAUCUCUGAUCAAAGUAAUACAAGAAGAACCCGAAGUGUUGCAAAAAGAGGUAAUAUCCAAACAGCCAAAACAGUAGCAGCAUCCAACAAACCUGCUAAUACUUCUAAAAAAAGUACUCAUCAGUUGACUGAAAAAGACAUUCUGGCUCUUCCGAUAGUUGUGCCCUUACGGGAUGCUCCAAAAUUUGUGACAAGUGGGAUAGGCAAUAGCGAUACAGGCAACAUUCCUAUUGUAAUGUCACCAAAUUUAAGUAUAAAGCCUUCAUUAAUUACAUCAACAUCCUGCCAGGAAGAAACACAAGAUGUGAAUGCUGGAGCAUGGAGAGAAGAAGCUUUAAUAGAACUGCCAACACUUUCUUCAUUUGAAGAAACUAGUAAAUAUCAGUCAUGUCCAAGGAAUGAAAAAAAAUCGCUAUUUGCUAGUACAUCAUCAAAUAAGUUGUCUGAAGGAGGUCAAAAAUCAUUGAAAGGUACAUCAAAAACUUUGAUAUCACAUAGUGGUUCACAAAGUGGAUUUACACCCAAGUCUGAGAAAUCAAACAGAAAAUGUAUUGCAUCAAUGGGUAGAUCCAAAUUAAAUGAAGCAAAGGAAUGGAAAAGGCAAAGUGCAAAAGAAAUACAAAAAAUAUCUAUUUCGACUGAAGACAUUCGUGUUAGAUGUAAUGAGCUUCCAAUGAUUGAUUAUACUCAGAAUACUGAAACAUGUAGCUCAGAAGAAAAAGUUAUACCUGUUAAAAUUAAAGAAGAUGAGAUCUCAAAACCUUCCAGUAAUUCAAAAGAUAAGAUGGCAGUAAACUCUAAAAAAAGAUCAAAAGUUUUGAGAAGGACAUCAACAGAUAAUAUGAAUUCUAAAGCAGAUGAGAGAAAUGACAAGAAAUCUACAAAUUUUAAAUCUAAGCCCAAAGAUGACAAUACAUCAAUGAGAAAGGAAAUAAAAAAAGAUACAAAGGAAAAUUUGGAGACUAACGAAACUUCCCACAUUUCUGGAAGUGGAGAACAAAAUUCAGAAAAGAAACAGCAUUUGGUAGAAUCUACUCCUUUACUAGAAAUUAAAUCUCAGACUGAACAGAAUGGCAACACUCCUAUGUGUUCUCAAACAAUACAAAAAAUACUCCCAGAUUUUCAAGAGCAGCCAAACGAUGACUCAGACGUAAAUAGAAGCAAAGAAAGAAUCAACGCUGCAGGUCUCAUUGAAACACAAGAAGAAACUUGCGGACACUGUUCUGAAGUUAAUGCUCAGAAAAUGCUCAAUGAGAAUACUACUUCAUCUUUGCCAAAAUCUAACACUGCAGAAGAUUCAACACUUAUUAAAUGUCAACAAAAAAUCCCCGAACCUGCAGUACCAGGUCCUAGCAACACAACCAAGUCUCAAAAUAUUAGUGAAGUUGACAAUGCUUCAAAAUGUCCUAAGAAAGUAAAUAAGAAUUUAACAUCUACAGGUGCUAUACCAAAAAAAUUGCAACUUAGUAGCGACUCCAAAUUUCUGAAAGGAUUCAAUCCUGAUCAAAGUAGGAGAGAAACAAAAAAAUUCAAAAAAUUAGAUGAAAGGUAUAAAAAGGCGAGGAAUUAUCACAAAAAGCGGCUAUAUGAUGACCAUGGGCUAGUACUGGAAACAGGGGAGGACUUGUGUGAUUGUCUUAUUAAAGACUGUCCUGGUUGUCACUUUCCUUGCCCAAGAUGCAGAUCUAAUAAAUGUGGCCAUGUCUGUAGAGUGAAUAGGACCUGGAUGUAUGAUGAAUACGAAAUAGAGGGCACUGGUAUUACCAUAAAAAGGCAGCCUUAA